AUGUCUGAAGAAGUCCAGCUCUCUACUCCCACUCUCGUCCGUACAUCAAUGGAAGACGACGACGACACCACCACCACUGCCACCACCACCAAAAGCAGCGCAGAAUCUCCUUCAGACAACAUAAAAAUCGACAUUCCACCAGCAUCAUCAGAUUCCCGACGCCUCCAUAGCCGCAUUAUCCACAGAGUCUCGCCGCACCUCCGCAGCGACACCAACAACCGCCGCAUGUUCGACCCAGUCGCCCUCUCCCUCGGCCCCUACCACCACGGCAAGCCCGAUCUCCGCCGCGCCGAGGCCCUCAAGGACCACAUGCUCCACACAUUCGUCUCCGACAGCGUCGCUGCCGACGAAACCAAAGACAAACGCUUCUUCCACAAUCAGAUCCUCAAAUGCAUAUCCGAAAUCAGGGGCCAUUACGAUCGCGCCGCAGUUGACUCCUUCGACGACGAAUCCCUCUCCGAGAUCAUCCUCCGCGAUGCCUGCUUCGUCGCCACCUGCAUCGCCGACCCCUUUUCGCUUCCCGAUUUGAUCCGAACCCACCUCGGCAAUCCCAUGACCGUCUACGCCACACAAGACUUACUCCUCCUCGAAAAUCAGAUCCCGUUUUGGGUCGUUAACCGUCUCCUCAAUCUCCGAUUCGGCGAAGAAGAAGCCGACGCCUAUAUCUGCCAGCAUUUGAGCUUAUUAUGCUUAGGAAGUUCGCGCAACCUCACCCGACUUCCAUGGAAAGAAAAUGACAACGACGACGAGGAACAACUGCAUCAGCAUCAACCCCUGCAUCUUCUUGAAGCAUAUCGAAUUACUCUGCUUCAACGAGAAUCUCCGAACAAAUUAUCGACACUCACCAGCACCGAUAGCUACAGCAGCAGAACCUACAGCAUUCGAACUCUUUACCGAUACAUAAACCUUCCAUUUCGAUCCGUGACAUACCUGCAACGAAAGGGAAUCUACUUCGGCCCGAGCUCUACCUGCUAUAAGGACAUCCUCUUCACUUCCCAUUGGUGCUAUGGAAUGCUCCGGCUUCCAAUCGACAUCAUCUCCGAGCAUUCCAAGUCGUUCUUCUGCAAUCUGAUUGCAUUCGAAAUGUCUUCUUCGGAUGAUUUGGCAGUAACAUCUUAUGUUAACUUCAUGAAGUCGCUGCUCGAGAGUCCUGAGGAUGUCAAGGUGCUGCGCGAAAAGGGGAUACUGUUUAGCGACUUGGGGAGCGAUAAGGAAGUGGUCGAAGCAUUCAAAGAGAUACGGACGUAUGGGAUUGACGACUGCGAUAGCUUCGCAUAUGUGAAGAAGCAGCUCGACGAGCAUUGUAACAGCCGCGCCAAGACAUGGGUAGCAGAGCUCAUCCACAACUACUUCCAUAGCCCGUGGAGUGCCAUUGCUCUCUUCGCCGCAACCUUUCUGCUCUGCCUCACUUUUAUCCAGACUUAUUACACUGUCAAAGCAGCAAAUUGAAGCCAACGACAACAAAUGUUAUACCGAAAGAAAUUAUGCGAAUUCAUAAUCACUAUAGUUGUCUUCUCCUUCA